UGUCUUAGCCUUUAUAUUUUCUAAGACAUUUUGGCUAUCAGAUAUUUGACUCCCUAAUGUUACAUUUUUUCCUUUGAAUAUACACUUUAUGAAGCCAAAUAUAGUCUUGUUUACUCAACAAAUUUAUUUUGAGACUUAAUAAAGUUGGAUUAUUGAAGAGUAGACAGCAUUACAAUGAUUAUUAAGACCUACUUAAGACAAAGUUCAAGCAUAUGAAGAUGGUGUCUGGACCGUUUUAACAGAUUUGACAUUUGAAAUUGUUUAUGGUAUCAAAAAUGGAGCGCCAGAGGGCAGAAAUGUUGAUAAAAAUUGCCCGUGUCCGUCUUCAGUGUGGGCGCACAGAAGAUGCUCUUAAUUACCUAUACCAGGCCCAGAGCAUCUACCCCACUCACUCUGCUGCUGAACUUAUACAGGCCAUUCGAGGAGGGUGGUUUGAAACCGAUUUUGGAGAUUAUGGCUCAAGCAGCCACCAUUUUGAACCAAGUGGAUAUCGGGACUAUGCCAAUUACUAUGCUGGGUGUAAUAAUUGUGGAAGACCACCGUGGGAGGAAGAGGAGGAAGAAGAAGAGGAGGAGGAAGUGAAUUUGAAUCCUAAGAUUGAUGAUGACGAUUACUAUGCUGUUCUGGGAGUGAAGAAGGAUGCCAAUGAGGAGACUUUAAGGAAAGCCUACCGAAAACUUGCAUUACGUUACCAUCCUGAUAAGAACAGUUCUCCAGGGGCUACUGAAGCUUUUAAGGCUAUCGGGAAAGCUUUUGGUGUCCUGAGUGAUCCAGUCAAAAGAAAGCUUUAUGAUGAUUCACAAAGCAGAGCUAGUGCGGCCUGUGAUCCUAAUAUGACAACACAAGAUCUCUUUGACCUGUUUUUCUCAGGUCAUUACCCAACCAGGGCAACCUAUACAUUUGCAGGAUGCAGUCAAAGACAAUCAAGACCUACAAACAGAGAGCAGCAUAGUGGAAGUCCAAGAUGGCAGAAUGAGGAAGUAAGGCAGGAUAGUGGAAGUCCAAGAUGGCAGAAUGAAGAAGUAAGACAAGAUACUGGCCGGGCAAGGAGAUGUGGGGAAAAGGAAGGGCAACAAGGAGGAUGGGAAAGGAGAUCGGGUGCUGAAGGGCAUAAUGUAGGAAGGGAAAGGUGGUGGGAAAAAGAGGAUAAGCAAGAGAGCGGAAUACCAAAACGAAAGGAAGAGGCAAAACAAGAUAAUGGUCGAUCAAGAAUGCAAGAAGAAAAAAGAAAAGAUGGUGGGAGAGGACGGCCAAAAUGGUCGGGUAUGAAAAGGCAGGAUGGCAAAAGGUCAAGAUGGCGUGAGGAAUAUGGAAGGCAUGAUGGAAGAAGGUCUAGAGGGCAAGAAGAGGAUCAGCAAGAUGGUGGACAACCUAAGUCACCUUACUCUGCUUUUAUUCAGGUUUUACCUGUACUAAUCCUAGUGGUUGUAUCUGUGGUUGCUCAGUUAACUGCCACUACUCCAACAUACAGCCUACAUCACAAACCAUCCUCUGGUCUAACUGUUCCCAGGGAAACAAGAAGUCUUGGUGUCCCUUAUUUUGUCAGUCAGACUUUCCAGUCUCGAUAUCGGGGUGCAGCACUGGUGGAACUAGAAAGAGCAAUCGAAAAGGAUUAUGCUGAGCACAUUCAGGCCAGCUGCUGGAAGGAGAAACAGCAAAAAUCUGAUUUAGCCAACCUGGCCCGUCUUUAUAGAGAUGAGAGACUAAGGGAGAAGGCAGAGUCUCUAAAGAUGGAGAACUGUCAGAAGCUAUCAAACCUUAUAAGCUUACGCAGGGGAGGUUGAUACUGCGUUGAUGCCGAUCGUACAGAUGUAUUCUACAGUUAACAAUGACUAUAGCAUAACGUGUACCUGACAAAAUUAUUUAUAAGAUACCUUUGAUAAAUAGAAUCCAUUCAAGAAUUAAAUUAUAGAAAUAC